AUGGACCAUUCUCUCUAUACCAACAUGUCCAAGACAUCAGCAGCUGAGUUCUUCGAGCGCUAUGUUUUGGAAAUUCAUCGAUCAAACGGUUUGAGCGAGCUUGGCCCCAUAAAAGGGUCAAUCGUCGUCUGUCUUGUCGCCAUCAUGACUAUUGUUUAUUUUUCUUUAUGGAAAGGAAUCAAAUCUUCAGGAAAGGCCGUCUGGGUGACAGCGACAUUACCAUAUGUCGUCUUGUUUAUUUUACUGGUCCGCGGCUGUACGCUCCCGGGCGCAGGAGAAGGUAUUUUCUUUUACCUUAAGCCUCAAUGGCACCGUCUCCUUGAGUAUAAGGUUUGGGUUGACGCCGCCGUCCAAAUCUGUUUCUCUCUCGGCCCCGGAUUCGGUUCUUUAAUUGCGCUCGCUAGUUACAACCCGAGGGACAAUAACUGCUAUCGUGAUGCUAUGGCAACAAGUAUUAUCAACUGCUUUACUAGUUUUAUUGCGGGCUUCGUUGUUUUUUCUGUAUUGGGUUACAUGUCACACGUUACGAAAAGAUCAAUUGAAGAAAUUGCCGUACCAGGUGAGUAUUUUGUUUUACCAACAUUUAUUUAUCUAUUCUUAUGA